AUGGCGUUCCGUUGGUACCAGGCAAAGCUCAAGACGGCGCCCCUGGCGACACAGGCCAUUACUACUGCGAUCCUCUUCGGCACGGGAGAUUGCAUGGCGCAGCAGCUGGUCGAGAAGCGCGGUCUCGACAAACAUGACCCCAUGCGCACGCUCCGCAUGGCUGGCUACGGCGGUAUCAUCUUCGGUCCCGCAGCCACGACCUGGUACGGCAUCCUGACCAAGCACGUCAACCUCUCGUCCAAGAACGGUACAAUUGUUGCCCGCGUAGCAUGCGAUCAGUUCCUCUUUGCGCCUGUAAACAUGGGCCUCUUCCUGACCUCGAUGGCCUACCUGGAAGGCUCGUCAGUCAAGGACCGACUCAACAGCGCCUACGUGCCCGGGCUGACCAAGAACUUCAUGGUAUGGCCGUGGGUGCAAUUCGUCAACUUCAAGUACGUGCCCGCAGACCUGCGCGUGCUGGUCGUCAACGUCAUCUCGCUGGGCUGGAACUGCUACCUCUCGUUCCUCAACAGCGGCGGCGGCAGCAAGGUCGAGAGCGUUGCACAGGCCGUCAAGGAGAAGACGCAGAGCGGAGGGAGCAGGGAGGGCGGCGAGCUGCCGCCGCAGUAG